AUGACUAUAAAGCAAGAAGAAGAAGAAGUGAUGAAUGAAUCGGAUGGUGUUAACGAUGAUGGUCAGAAAGAGGCAACAGAGCAUGAAAACGACGAGAAAUACGUCGAUAAGAAAGAUGAUAAUGAUGAUGAUAAUGUGAAUGAAGAGGAUGUUGCUGGUGCCGACAGUAAUGAUAAUAAUAAAAGUGAUCUCGAUGAAAACAAUACGGAUGAUGAAGGAGCCGGUCCAUCAAAACGACGUCGAAUAGUAAUGUCGAGUGAUGAGGAUGAUGAUAGCGAUACUGAUACCGCACAUGCCACAGCGAAGCAUAAAGAAACGGAUUCAGAUGGAGAACAGAAAGAGGGUGAUGGUGAGGUUGGUGUUGGUCAGUUAAUGACAAAUAUCUUCGGCGAGGAGAGUGACGAGGAAAAAGAAUCAGAAGAACCAACUCAACAACAGAAGGACGAAUAUGAUGAAGAUGAGCCGCGGUAUAUUCGUGAAGAAGGUUUGGAUGAUGAGGAAGAUGAAAGUAAGGUAUGGGAUUUCGAUGAGAUGAUGCGAUUGAAGAAGGCUGAACGAAGAAAGCAGAAACGUCGUCGGAGGGAUGGAUCUAUCUAUAUUGGCAAUGAUGCUGAUGAGCAAAUUCGAAUGCUUACUGAUGCCAUGAAAGCUGCCGCUAAAGAUGAUCGUCAUUCGAAUGUCGAAAGAAAACCAGCAUUACAGAAACGAAAGAUGUUACGUUAUGUGAAGGCGAUGCUAAUCAAGCAUGAUUUUGUUGAGGCGAUUAUUGACAACGGUAUGCUGAGUGCGGUGUCAGAAUGGUUAGCACCAUUACCGGACAAGUCAUUACCAGCACUCGAAAUUCGAACGGAUUUGUUGAAGAUUCUUCAAGAUUACAGUCGCUUAGAACAAGGCACGUUGAAGCAGUCAGGAUUAGGGCGUGCAGUGAUGUUAUUGUAUAAGCACCCUAAAGAAACGAAAGAGAACAAGGCACUUGCUCAUGCACUUAUUUCUGAAUGGGCUCGUCCCAUCUUCCAGCUGGAUACGGAUUUUCAUUCAAUGACAAAAGAGCAGCGUAUGGAGCGUGAUUAUUCAAAUUUAUCCGAAUCAAAAAAGCAACGUUUAGGCCAAAACGAAGCAUCAACGUCCGCGACAUCAGAAGCUGAUAAGGAAUCAGAGGUGAGAGUUGGUGAGAAAGGAUUUAUAAUGCGAGCACGGGUACCACGUCCAUCGCAAAGAGACUAUGUGAUUCGCCCGAAAAGCAACGUUGAAGGACCCUUCAGAGGGGCCACCAAAAAUCGACUGAAUUCUCGUCUCGAUCGAACACAACGCGAGUUCAAAGAACGCACGAAGAAGAGUCGUGUACAACGAGCUCUUGCUGUCAGUAUUGAAGGACGUAAAAUGGACAUUUGA